AUGUCCACGGACCUUCGUUUCAAAGGGUGUUCCACCCAUCCUGCCCUUGUCCCUUGUACUGUAGGCUUGUCUGUGAGGGGUGAACCCAAGAAGCCCUUUCGCCUUGCCCCAGCCGCACGCGCGCGGCCACUGUGCCUCUGCAUUCCCCGUUACGGGCCCACCCUCUUCGCAACAGUGUUCGCGCAAAUUCUUCGCACACAGUGCAUUUCCAACAGUCUAACGCUCUCUCGCCAAAGACUCGCGUCGUCUGCGAACCACAACCGCGGAAUCGGCGGCAACGGCAACGGCGCCUCGAAACUCGGCACAAACGAACCCUCUCUCUAG